CAGUUGUCAGUUGGCUGUUUUUCUGAAAUUAGGUGAUAAUAACUGAAAGACUGAUGGCUGCAGUGUUUGGCAGUGUGACUGUAACUUUCAUCUUGUGUGUCCUUGGAGGCCACGCACUGGACCUGAUGAGAGCAACAGCAACAUUAAGCUCUCAUCCCCCCACUCCCACUGUACAUUGCUGGUGUGCCAGCUACCCAAACUUGACUCUCUGUUCCUGGCCCUCCGAGUCCUCCCACUCUCCACCAUCACACUACAUCGCCACGUACAGUGAGAGGCACAGACAAGGAGUCACCGAGGACUGCCAUAUCAUCCCACCUAACUCUUCAUCCGCUUCUCUGAUCUCAUCAUCGUCCUCUGAACAGCUCUGGCACUGUCAGCUGCCCAGCCUGAAGCUUCUUACCGACUAUAUCAUCAAUGUGACUGCAGUGUAUUCUGCUGGAAGUAGCUCCCACCUAGCAAGUUUUAUGUUGGAGGAUAUAGUGAAACCAGAUCCUCCUGUAAACAUCCGGGUUUCCCCUCAUAAUAUCAGAAACUUGCUGGUGGAGUGGUCUCCUCCUCCUACCUGGGCUGACCUGCAGAUCUUCCCCCUGAAAUACCAGAUACGGUACCAGUGGGAAAACAGGGGCAUCCCAAAAUCUGUCAAUUUGGGUCCUUUUGAGAGCACCAGUGUGGAGCUGAAGGGGCUGACCCCAGGGAGGGCCUACCUGUUCCAGGUGUGUGCAAAAGAGCUGCUAGGUCUGGGCAAGUGCAGCAACUGGAGCUCACCUAUAAAAAUCACCAUACCAAGGACAAAGCCAUAGAGACUCCCUCACAUACCGAAAUUUUUUUGUUGGAAGCAAGAGUUGCUGAUAUUAUGUUUAAUUUAUAACGAAUAAUAUUUAUUAUCUGUACAGUUCACAAUCUCCA